AUGGAUUCCAUCGGUGAAUUUCAUGAGGUAGAAAAGGAUGGUAAGCUGUUUCAGGUCUAUCACCAUCCCAUUCUACAAACACAAAGCCCAAUCAACUCCUCACCAGGUGAAGCCGCCAGCAAUAACCAGCCUCAUCAACUUUUCUUUUUAUGCCCUAAUAUUCGUUGGCAAGACGUGUAUUAUAAUUCUGAGUUUAACAUUGUGCCGCUCGAAAUUUCCCCCGAGUGCAAGCAGGGGGAAAAUGAAGUACUCCCUUUGUUUUUCUGCAACAAUAAAGAAUUUGAUGUCAAUGGCGGGUGCGAGGUAUGUCGCGGCUCACGUUUUGGUACAGACUACUAUUUUUGUGUCCACUGUGAUCAAAUAUACCACAAAGAAUGCGUCAAAUCUCCACUUAAAAUAAAACACCCUUACCAUCCUGAGCAUCCUCUCCAACUUUACUAUCAUGUUCAUUAUGGUCGCGUUGACGUUAUUGAGUGCUUAUGUUGUGCAAGAGGAGUUUCAUAUCUGGUAUAUCAUUGUACGAUAUGUCAGAUUUUUAUGCAUCCAAUCUGUGCAAUGAAGUCGGUGCCCUUUGUUAUAGAGAAACCAAAAAGGCACGACCAUCCCCUAACCUCGUUUCCUAGACCAGCUUGCUUAACAUGCGAUGUUUGUGGUUUAGUGAGAAAACUUCAUCCUACCUACGUUUGUCUCAGAUGCAACUUUGUAGCUCACAAUGAUUGUCUGUCUUCCCCACGCGUCAUCAAGAUAUCACGUCACCAACAUCGUAUCUCCUAUGUUCCUUGUCUUCCAUCCGGAGAAUGGUCUUGUGGGGUUUGUCGUCAAAGCGUUGAUGGUAAUUAUGGUGCAUAUACUUGUGCACAGUGUGGUAAUUAUGCGGUUCAUCCAAGAUGUGCUCUACGAAAAGAUGUAUGUGAUGGAGAAGAACUCGAGGGUGUAGAAGAAGAUGAUAUCACACAAGAUCUUGAGCCGUUUGUUAUGAUAUCUGAUGGAGUGAUACUUCAUUUUCUUCAUGACCACCCUCUCCGGCUUGAGGUCAACAUACUUUACGAUGAAAACAAGCUUUGUCAAGCGUGUGUUAUGCCUAUCUUUGAAGAGAAGUUUUAUUCUUGUAUGGACUGUGACUUCAUCCUACAUGAGUCAUGCACAAAUGCUCCCCGCAGAAUGCAACAUGCCUUACAUCCUCAUAUACUUACAUUGAAAGCUGUAAGUCGAUAUCCUAAUGGUCUCUACAAUUGUGAUGCUUGUGCUCGUGAUUGUGAUGGCUUUAUCUAUGAGUGUCCCAAACUGGAAUGCGAUUAUGGUGUCGAUGUACGUUGUUCUUCACUUUCUGAGCCGUUUGAUUUCAAAGGUCAUGAGCAUCCCUUGUUCCUAGCUUUAGACCCAAGGGAAAACCCCAUAUGUCAGGUAUGUGAAUCAAUAUGUGCCAGCCAAUUAAAUUGCAUCAAGUGCAAUUUUAUUGUAUGUAUUAAGUGUGCUACCUUACCAUAUAAGGCAAAGUAUAAGCAUGACAAACACUUACUCGAGAUUCUAUGGGGGGAUGAGGUAUGUGAAAAGGAUUGGUGCGAGUUGUGCGAACGUAAUUUAGGAGAUACAGGCACAAAGAUAUUCUAUUGGUGCAACGACUGCUGCACCACUCUUCAUAUUGAAUGCUUAUUUGGUGAUGAUCCGUAUGUGAAGCCUCGUCAAUGA